AUGUCACCAGCCUCAACAGUCGAAACCAAAACACUCUCAGUCGCAGUCAACGAACUCCCCGAAAUAACCAGCGUUGUGGUUCCCAACCUGAUCGAUAAAGAUGUGGGAGAAAGUGCAACAGCGUGCCCUCCAGCAACACCUUCCUCAACAGAACCACCACCACCACCGUUUUCCGUCUUCACUGCAGCCGAGAAGCAAUGGAUCAGCUACACUGCCUCCUUCGGGGCCAUGUUCUCCACACUGAGCAGCUACAUAUACUUCCCGGCGCUGGUUCCAAUGGCGAAUGAUCUUGGAGUGUCCGUCUCACUUGUCAACCUCACGGUCACUUCUUAUCUGAUCGUUGCCGGUAUCGCGCCGGCAUUUAUGGGGGAUAUAGCUGAUCAAGGAGGACGAAGACCGGCAUACAUCCUCAUGUUCAUUCUGGUUGCGGCGUCCAAUGUUGGGCUCGCAUUGCAGGACUCCUAUGCUGCAUUGUUCGUGUUGAGGAUGCUUCAGAGUGCUGGGGCUUCUGGAUCGUACGGCGCUGCGUAUGGAAUCAUUGCUGAUAUAACGACUGUUGCGGAGCGCGGCUCCUACGUGGGCUCGCUGAUACUGUUUACCAACGCUGCUCCUAGUUUUGGCCCUGUCGUCGCCGGUGUACUUGCCCAGAAGCUCGGCUGGCGAUGGAUCUUUUGGUUUCUGGCCAUCAUGACGGGAACCUACAUGGUCAUUGUUAUCUUUCUGAUGCCGGAGACCCAGAGAAAGAUUGUCGGAAACGGUAGCAUUCCGCCAAGAGGCAUUCACAAGAGUCUCUUUGAGACACUGUCCCGAAAGCGAAGAAUAAGGCGUGCAAAUAACGACGGGCAUGUGGAAGCCCAAGUCGCGCAGUUGACGGAUAUCAAGAAGGCAAGGAAAUGCCAUAUUCCGAACCCUUUCACGUGUAUCCCAAUGCUGUUUCUCAAGGGUAACCUGAUCGUGAUUCUGAUCGGCUCGAUCACAUACGCAGUCAAGAUGACGUUGCAAACGUCAUUGGCCGCUCAGUGCAUCAAUAUGUACGACUUGGAUUACCUCCAGGCUGGGCUGAUCUAUCUUCCAUCGGGCGUUGGAGGCGCACUCGCAUCUUAUGCCACUGGUAGAUUUCUUGACAGAAAUAUCAAAAAGUACUCUGCCGAGGCCGGUAGGAAGGGACAAUACCACCGAGGUGAGGACAUAUCGGACUUUCCCAUAGAGAAGGCACGAUUUGUGGGAAUUCACACCCUCAUUCUCGUCUCGUCGGUGGGAUCUGCUGCUUAUGGUGUUGGCCUGAAUGAGCGAGCGUUCCUGACGGGCGCCGCAACAUCGAGCAUAUUCACGCUCUGCGGAACACUCCUAACAGACCUCAACCCCCAUGCUUCCGCCACCGUCCAAGCAUCGUAUAACUUGGUUCGAUGCCUGGGAGCCGGUGCUGCGAUUGCCGCACAACAACCCCUGGCAGAUGCUGCUGGCUCCGGAUGGUGUUUUGGUGUUUUUGCCAUCAUCAUGCUGAUGGUCUCACCGCUUGCUAUGCUCAUUGAGAAGCGAGGUCUGGAAUGGAGAAGAGCGAAAGUCUGA